AUGGAUCAAGGCCAGGACAUCUUAAGAACUGUGUCAGGUCAAAGAACUGAAGAGUGUGUUCCUAACUACUUUGGGAUUGACUACAUUCAUCAGUCUGACGUGGGAAACCUCAAGUUUGUGGACAGUUUCCAAAACUGCACCAUCAUUAAGCGGCUAAGCCUUAAGAGGCGGCCCAGAGCGGCUGUCAAUAAUGCAGAAAAAACGCAGAGUGGUGUUUCAUCCAGUCAGUGGUAUUCUGAAGAAUCCUUCAAAUCAUCAAGCACAGAUGAUACAAGACAAUUGGGUUUAUCUGCCACAGCGAGAGGUCGACCACCACUUCCUCCGCCACAUGGUCCCUCCUUGGAUACUAAGCUGACAAAGAAUGAGGGACUAGGAAACUCUCAAAUACUUACUGAGUCAAAGCCUCAACCUACUGUAAGAUCUAUAAAAAGACCUGCUAUGGAGACCCACAAGCACCUGGAGCAGGCGGUGACCAGCCAGCCUCCACCUCAGCCUCCACCUCAGCCCCAACCUCGGCGACGACUGGCCAGCUUUGGAGGGGUAAGCUCCCCUGGGUCACUUUCCCCCUUCACUGGCCUUGUGGCAUAUAAUCAGAACAACAGUGGAAACAAGUCUACUGGAACAGGGAGUGACAUGAAUGUUCACCUUAGCUCAUCCCUUGGCACCAGAGGCAGCACAGGGAGCCUGACAUUUAGCCCACAGAGCUCUGGUAGAACAACUCCAGUUCCGAGUCCCGGCUCCAUGCACCUGCAGCAUGUCCGUGACCAGAUGGUGGUAGCUCUGCAGAGGCUGAAGGAAUUGGAAGAGCAGGUGAAAAUCAUCCCUAUCCUCCAGGUAAAAAUAUCAGUCCUUCAGGAGGAAAAGAGGCAACUCCACUCUCAGCUCAAGAACCAGAGUGACAAUGAGGACAUGAACGAUGGGAUCUGUAGGAGAGCUGAUAGCAUGGAAAGGUCUGAUAUUAAGGUGCAUACAGAAGAGGGACACACAGUGCAGAGUGACCCAAACAACCUAAGUGAAUUCAAGAAACUGACUAAAGAGAUGCAGGCACUGGAAAGAAGCCUCAAGGGUGGACAUUUGCACGCUAGGCUAGGACAAGGCCAUACCUCUGCUCAUGAAAAUACAGUCCUAGUUGGAAUUGAUGAAGACGCCACGUUGCCUAAACCUUCAAAAGAAAACAAAUGUGUGUCCACAAAUCAGGUAGAGACCAGGGACAUUGCAACGGAGGUGACUGAAGUUAAUCUAGGAAUUUACAGUGUGAGGGAAGCAGAGCUUGAUGCCCAACAGCUAUUAAUUGGUGCCCUGAAGGAGAGAAUUUCUUACUUGGAAGCAGAGUUGAAAGAAUCAGCCCUCCAGACAGAGAUGAGUCGGCUGAAACUGGAGCUUCAGGUGGCAGGAGCUAGGAGCAGAGCUGACAAAGCAUGUCUUGCAAAGCCAUCCACUGUGAGCACAGGUAUCGAAGCGAGGCCACACACCACGAGCCAGGGAGUGGGUAAUCACACAGAGGUACGGGACAUCAGCACGGGGGAGGCAACAGAGGUAAAGAGCGUGGGAGUACCAUGUUGUGGACCGGAGCUGAGGAACGUUUGCACCGGACCAGAAUUACCCAUGAGCCGCUGGGAGAUCAGAGAGCGAGUUGAGACCAAAGAAAAGGGCGUGGGGAUUCAGGUUUUAACAAACACACAGGGCGUUUUGACGGAGAUAAAGAUGUGUGAUGCAGAAACCAACACAGAGCCACCAAUGGAGAUUGUGGGGUUAAAGAAAGGAAAGACUCAGUAUCGUUCAGUGGCUUGUGGGGACUGUUCUGUUGAUGUGAUCAUCUGUGAACCAAAGGAACUGGUUUCUGAAGGUAUGGCCACAGAUCCAAUCAAUAGAGCUGAACUGGGAAUCAUGGCAUCACCGCUGACAGCUUCACAGCGUACCAACACUGUAUCCAGCUCAGUGUCUCGCUUUACCAACACCAGGCAUACCUUCAGCACAGACUCCAGCACUAAUACUCUCCUCAGUACCCAAGACAAGCACACCAACACCACUCAGACUCUUACAAGGGCUGUGUCUGUAGGGAACCGGGUCACAGACAUCAAACGCACCCCAGAGACCCGUACCAUCGGUGUCGGAACUGCAACUCUGGUUGGAAAUGGUCUCAAAAUGACCAGAGACACUGGUGUAGGGUUCACAAAUAUUAAUGAGAAUUUCCUGGUAGGACUGAAAACCCGAAAUAUGGCCUCUGGACCAUCCCAUCUGCCUGACCCUAUCAAGACAAGAAGUAUCGGUGUAGGAGAGGGGAGGAUACGGGAUUUUUCAUCUUCACGCAGUACACCUGCCCCGAGUUUCCAGCAAUCUUCGCAGUCCCAGUGGGACCCUGAGCUUAACCACUACAUAGAAAAGAUGCAGAAGCUCCUCGGGGAGCAUGGAAACCUGCUCACAGAGGACUGUUCAAACCAGUACAGUGGUCAAGGAAACGACAGCUCCAGGUGGUCCGGCAACAACAAAGCUGAGGUCCAUCAUUUAUAUUCUCAGCCACCAGUCAGCAGAGAGUACCAGUCUCCAUUUCCACUGUCAGUCCACUCUAAAUGUGAAAAAACAAACCCAGAAACCUGCCAACAGAGCGGCAAUGAAUCUGAGGUGAAAAGAAUGAUACAGCUGUUAGAGCAACAGGCAUCCUCGGCCCUGCAAGACAAGUCAGCUUAUCCUGGCGUGCAUCUGCCUGUGACAAAGAAACAGAAUGGAGAGCCAGGCUGUAGCAGUAACAGGAGGAGCAUGAAGUUCAUGAGGGUGACAGCAGGACUGGACCCCAUGCCGCCUUAUGAGCUCCCGGUCAGUGAGAAAGGAAACUCGGAGGAAGGGGACAGGAGAGGAAACAAAAAGUUAAGGGAACCCUUUCAAGGUACGACUCAAGCAAGAAAGGGCAAAGGAGGCUCCAACAAGGGGGUGAAGACGUCAAAGCCGCACACACAACAGAGGUGUAAGUUAAGUGAAAAGAUUUUCUCUGCUUGUCAAGCCUUAAAGAUGCACCUGAGUGAUGACACAGCUCUACCCAACAGGGAAUUGCAUAACUGCCUACAAACGCUCCAGCAGGAGUGGUUCUCCGCGUCCAGCCACAAGUCGGCUGCUCCCGAUGCUGUGGCAGACUACUUGUCAGCGUUCCGGGUCAUUUCGCCUGCGGUAUUGCGGCACAUUGCGAAUAUGGUCGACGGCAAUGGAAACACAGCUCUGCACUACAGCGUGUCUCACUCCAACUUUGGCAUUGUCAAGAGACUGCUGGAUGCAGAGGUGUGUAACGUGAAUCAGCAGAACAAAGCCGGCUACACGCCCAUCAUGCUGGCGGCGCUAGCAGCUGUGGAGAGUGCAGAGGACAUGAGGGUUGUGGAGCAGCUCUUCACAAAGGGAGAGGUCAACGCCAAGGCCAGCCAGGCCGGUCAGACCGCUCUCAUGCUGGCUGUGAGCCACGGCAGAAUGGGCGUGGUGCAGGCCCUCCUGGCGCAGGGGGCGGAGGUCAACCUCCAGGAUGACGAGGGCUCCACCGCGCUGAUGUGUGCCAGCGAGCAUGGCCACGCUGACAUCGUGAAACUCCUGCUGGCCCAAGCAGACUGCGACGCCACCCUGACCGACGGUGAGGAAAGCACAGCCCUGUCCAUUGCACUGGAGGCCGGACAUCACGACAUUGCAGUGCUGCUUUAUGCUCAUGCCAACUUCUCCAGAGGACAACCGGGGGCCGGCGCUCAUCACAGUGGAAAGUCCCUCUCCUCCCCUGGUGGCAGACAUCAUUUUGAAUAAUGCGAUGGCUCAAAUUCAGAUUCAUGAGAGUCACAUUCAUGAGGCGAUUCCGAUCAAAUCUCUCAUAACGAACAUGAGGAUUUUAACAUUCUCAGUUUUAACCUCUGUCAGACAAAUUCUUUAACAUUGUAAUUUACCAAUUGACAGGAUACUAGUCAUUACACAUCAGCAGCAGCUAAUAUAUGCAUAGCAGAGAAUAUUGGUUUGUAUUAAUAAUAUAUAACAUUUAAUGUUUGAACCUGCAGUUGUUUUGUUAUAUGCAUUACUUCAAAUAGGGUCUUUAUUCCUGGCGAUUCAGUUUUUUUGCAAAUAAUAUUUCAAAUAUUUUAAGAUACAUAAGAUACAAAAAGUUGAUUUGACAAAAUAGCUACAUAGUAAGUAAAGAUUUUGGGAUCACUGUAUGUCCAUAUUUGUAUUGUUAUGGAAUAGAUUUAUAUAUAUUUAGGAACUGAUGUGUUACUAUUUCUAUAUUCUUUUAAUGGAAGAAUGUCAAACUUUGAUAUUUUUCAAUCAUAAAACGACAUGUUAUUACUUAAGACUGAAGCAGGAACUUCUGCUGAUAUUCAUGCAACACAUUGUUGAUAACGUGCAACGGAAUAUUUCAGCACUUGGGAAAAAUGCUCAUUUGCUUUCUCACAAAAUGAGAAGAAGGUUUAACAUGAGGAUAGCUUGGGUGUGAUACAGAUAACACAACGUCACGUUACUUGCUGAGCUGGACCCAAAUGCAAACAAAGAAAGACCGCAAGGCCUGUAAAAAAUGUUUUGUCAGCUGAAGAACUCUGGUGAUACGAAACUGAAACUAAAAACAGAUCAGGAGACACAGGAACUGGACAUAAAAAACAAAACUGAAUCGACGACCUGACACAUUUGACUGGGAGCACAGGGAUAGGAGAAAUGUCAGGGAUCAGUGGACACAGGUGAAACAUCCGGACAGGGGCACGCAAUCACAAGUAAAAGACUGGAACUAAACCAGUAGGAGACACAAGGAAAGGGGCUUCAGAAUAAAACAGGAAAAUUUGACAUGAGGGAUAAUAAAAGGUAACUUAACAGAUGCACAAGGAAUAUGAGAUAAAGAAUACAAAAAACAAAUCCAAUAUACCUAAAUCGACACAGAAAUAAUACAAAACAGCGACUGACGACAAAAUAAAGUUCAAACCAGAUUGAUUAAUAAGUAAGCUUUAAGAGGCUUUGAACCAUAUACAAAUGGAUGUAGACUCCAGGUCCAGAAAGUGAAGCCAAUGUAGAACUCCCUGACUCGUGUAUUAUCUCAAAUGACCAGCAGAGGGUGACUCCACUGGUUUUCAAAGAAGUCUGUUUGAAUAAAUGUCUCUGAUCCUACUUCUUACUUGAUUUUUUACAUCAGUAAACAUGUUCCUAA